AUGAAAAUAUUUAUUUUAUAUUUUUUUGUUUUAUUAACAAAUUUAUGGGGAAUAUUAUUUACAAAUGCUUGUAGUUGUGCAAGAAUGUCGGUAGAAGAGAAAUAUUGUAAUGCUGGUUGGGUUGCUCAUGUAAAAUCACUCAGACGUGCAGAAGUACGAGAUAAAGAUGGGGCUAGUGAAUAUGAAUACACUGUUAAACUUUUAAAAACUUUUAAGGACAGCAAAACUUGUAAUCAAAAUAAUAAAAUUGAUUGUGUUUAUUCUAAAACAAAUAGUGCUGCUUGUGGAGUUAAUCUAAAAGAUGGACAAGAAUAUUUGCUUUUUGGAUAUGAGGAUGAUGGAAAGAGAAAAAUAAGUUUAUGUGGAUAUUAUCAAGAAUGGGAAAAAGUAGACGAGAAAUUAAAGAAAUUAUUGAAAGAUGGGGAUAUGGAUAAAUACUGUAAAUAA